AUGACAACACAUUGCACAAUUUUGCUUUUAGAUACAAACUGUUCAUCACGAAUUUUACGAGAAAAAUAUGACCUGGAAAGAAAGGCUCUCAAGGCAAUUCCCUUCUUUUCCGAAAUUGCCCAACUAUUCGAAUUUGAUCCGAUCAUGUAUGGACUGGCAUUGGAGAGGAUGAAGUUGGAUAAUUUAUUCAUCUCUGAGUGUAUGAGAAACAAUGAAGAGAUUAUGCUGAAGGCUAUCCGAUUGGAUUUUUGUAGAAUUUAUGAUGCAAGUAAUGAAUUGAAGAAAAAUCGAGAAUUUGUGAUGAAGGCUUUGAGAGUGAAUGGGAGAGCUUUUGAACUGAUGGUAAACGAGUUGCGAAACGAUCAAGAAUUGGUACGAUUGGCUAUUGAGAAUGGAUGUGGAGAUGCCUUGGAGUUUGCAAAUGAAGAUCUUAGGUCGGAUAGAGAAUUAGUGUUGAAAGCUAUCAGAAAUUCGAUGAGUGCUUUUUCACAUUGCAGCAAGGAAUUGAAAAAUGAUAGAGAGGUAGUUUUUGAGGCUGUCAAAAAGAACCCAAUUAUUACAAUAAUGACCAUUCCAGAAAAUAUGAAAAAAGAUAGAGAAAUUUUGUUAAAUGCUGUCAAACUUGAUGGAACUUCUAUUCAAUUUGCCGCAAAAUAUGUUAAACAAGAUAGGGAAAUACUCUUGGAAUCAAUUGGACCUAAUUAUGUUGCAGGAUUUCUACUGGCAAGUCCAGAAAUACAGAACGACAGAGAAUUUGCUCUUCAAGCCGUUAAAAGAAAUGGAAAAGUGCUUGGUAGAGUUCCUCAUCAAUUUAGAAAGGACAAAGAGAUAGUAUUAGAGGCAGUAAAACAAUGUGGAGAUGCACUAAAGGAUGCUGACGAAUCACUCAAACAGGAUGUGGAAAUUGUGACAGCAGCUAUUACUCAAGAGGGAUGCGCUUUCAAAUAUGCUCACGAAAGUUUAAGGAGAGAUAGAGAUUUGGUUUACUUGGCAGUUUCCUCUAAUGGGUAUGCUCUGGGUUAUGCUGCUCUUCCAAGUUUAAAAUCAGAUGUUGAAAUCAUCAAGAAAGCUAUCAAAAUCAAUCCCAGAGCUAUAACCUAUUCAACAGAUUUGAUCAAAGAAAAAGAGUUUAUUUUGGAGGCAAUCGAUAUUAAUCCAAGAGUUGCUGAAUAUGCUGCUGACGAGUUAAAGCAGGACAGAGAUGUCAUUUUGGCAUAUUUCAAACACAAUACUCUUGCUAUAUUGGAAUGCCCAGAAAUUGUGAAACAGGACAGAGAAUUCGUACUGGAAGCAGUGAAACUUAAUGGAUCUGCAUUCUUUGAAUGUGGAACUUACUUUAAGCACGAUAGAGAAAUUAUCAUGGAAGCAUUAAUGACCUAUAAUUUUAUUACAAGAGACGAGUACAAUUACCUCUUGAAGGAUCGUACUUUCCUCAUACAAAUGAUUGAAAAAAUCAAUUCUCGAUAA